AUGAAGGCUACUCCUCACUAUUGUUCGCUUCAUUGCCUUCUCUCCCUUCUCAGUGGACUGGAACGGAGAGCAGCAGACCCAUUGCCAAAUGAGGGUGACAGAUGGAGCCUGACAGGUUACUGGAACCCAACCAGAGUGUCGAGGACACGAGAAAUUGGAUGGAGGGACGGGCUGAACCUUGGGAAGUGGAGGUGUAUCCACGAAGCCUACACAGAACCACAGAUUGCACCCGACUCCAGUUUAGUCAUCUGUCUGUCCUCAGGUUCCUUUUUCUUGUUGACCCCUUAUACACAUGCAGCGCGUGGCAAACCGCGUGGGACUCAAGCCUUCUGCAGCCUUGCUGAUCGGGCGCAGAAAGGCGUCUUCUAG